AUGUGGACAAUGUGGUUUGUCGGCGUCUGGACUAGUGGGAUGUAUGAUCCCCUCAGCUUCCAGCUUCGGCGCCGCAUUUUCGGCUGGCUUUUGGAAUGGUUGGCCUCGGCACUCGACGCUGAAGACGAAUUGCCCCGUAAGCCCCCUGAGCGACGCAAAAACAAGCCCCCGCGAAUUCCAAAACCAACUCCGGCCCAACGCAAGCACGCAGGGCAAAAACAGAAGGAGUGGCAACGUCGCCUUGAUGCAGCUCCCAUGACUCCGCAUCCUACCAGUGUGACCGGAAACGGAAAUAGGGAGGUUUCUGUCCUUCAGAAGCUCCUCACUUCGGUUCCCCAUUUCUGCCACCCUGGCACCACUGGUCAUAUGCUGCAAGCACAUACCUCAUUAAUGCCCGAGCCAGCUGCCUGGUCAUUUUCAUGCGGUUCCAGUGAACUCGCUCCCGCCACGGGAGUAAAUGUAAUGAGCCUGCACGUGCAGGCUGUGAUGUCCGAAAUUGCGGAUGUCUUUCCGAUUCUUAUUGAUUCCGGUGCGUCCAUAUGUAUCACACAUAUGGCAUCGGAUUUUGUCACUCCGAUUGUGGCGCCUUCUCAACCCCAGAUCAUUGGGGGUUUAGCCCAUGGACUUCCCAUUGAAGGCCGCGGCUACGUAGACUGGACGUUUCUGAUGGACGAAGGGACGUUUCGGGUCUUUCGAAUCUUGGUGUGCUAUGUACCCAAGGCAAAUCGCCGGCUCCUUAGCCCCCAGGCAGUUGACCAGCAAGGUCGUGAUCCCGUCCGUUUUCUAAUUGACGGAAAAAUUGGCAUUUUACAAUGCAAACGCGGAACCGGUCAGGUAACUAGCAGUUUGGAUCCGCGUACAAAUCUUCCAUUUUAUUCCUGCAUCAACGGCAGUGAAUUAACGCGUCGGCAGAUAGAGCUAAACUCGUGUAUAACGGAAGAAUCUAAUCAAAAUCUUUCUGAAUCUCAGAAGGAGUUGAUUAAGUGGCAUUUUCGGUUGGGACAUUUGAAUUUCACCGCGGUGCAGCAUCUCCUGAGAGCCGGCCACCUUGGCAAGACUCGGUUGCAGUCAUCGGCAGCAAAUUGCGCGCAUCCUAAAUGUGCAUCCUGUCAGUACGGCAAGGCACGACAGCGCGCUACCCCUUCUGAAAUCAAGAAACUUGUGAAGGAAAAAGAAGGAGCACUGAAGAAAGGCGACAUUUUUCCCGGACAGAAAGUGUCGAUAGAUCAUUUCAAGUGCAGUGCCAAGGGACGCCUAUAUGAAUCGAAAGGCAAGACACCGGAUGAUUUAAUGUACACCGGAGGCUGUAUAUUUGUGGAUCAUUGCUCGGGAUAUAUCCAUGUUGAGCACCAAGUGCUUCUUACGGCUGGCGAAACUAUUGCCGCGAAACACCGCUAUGAACGUCUUAUGCUUCAAAUGGGUGUCACAGUGACAAGUUAUCAAAGUGACAAUGGUACUUUCGGGUCUGCUGCCUAUACAAAGGAGAUUAUGGACCGUUAUCAGGACAUUUCCUACAGUGGAGUGGGUGCUCACCAUCAUAAUGGGGUUGCGGAGCGUGCUAUUGGUACUAUUAUGUCUAUGGCCCGAACAAUGAUGUUGCAUGCUGCCGUACGAUGGCCAGACGUUGCUGACAGUACUAACUGGCCUAUGGCAGUGGACUAUGCUGUUUACAUUUACAACCAUGUUCCUAACGCUUUAUCUGGUCUAUCCCCUAUAGAACUUGCUACAAGAGUUGCCCAACAUCAGACGGAUUUUUCCAAUCUCCAUGUCUGGGGCAGUCCAUCUUAUGUUCUGGACCCAAAACUGCAGGAUGGCAGAAAAAUCCCCAAGUGGAAGCCCCGGUCACGCCGCGCUAUUUUUGUUGGUUUGUCACGCAAGUAUGCUGCAUCAAUCCCUUUGGUGAUCAACUGCCAAACUUUGGCCGUCUCAGCGCAGUUCCAUGUCGUAUUCGACGACUGGUUCACCACCGUUUCCUCGUCCGACGCCGACGACAAUGUACCCGCCUGGUGGGCGGAUCUUUUCGAAAAUCGAUUCCGAUACAUUUUUGACGCCGAUGAUCCCACGACAAUCGAUGAAACGUGGCUUGACGACGACGAGCGAGACCAUCAACGUCACGAAAAAAAACGCCUUCAAAUUCGUCCCCCGCCUCCUAUCACGCGCGACGCCGUCGCAAAACCGACUCCACCAGCUGGAGACACCUUGCCUGAGACCGAUGUUCGUAUACAACCGUCUCUUGAUGAACACCCUCUUGUUCCGCCGAUCGUUACGCCACCCGAGCAGCCGGUCGAAACUGAAACUCAGACUGAGCCCACUUGGCCGUCUGUACCACCCCCUCGACGCACCGUCCCGACUCGGCUACGAUGGAAAUCAGGGUCGCGGAUAUACCGCUGA